AGUUUCUUGGCAUUUUCCUCUUGAAGCCAAAACAAAAUUACUAUUAAUGCAUGAUUUGACAAAAUUGAGCACGCCUCGUUUGCCCAAUCCUCUUCUUCAGUUACUUUUGCACCAAUUUAUUUAUACCCUUUACCUCAUCCAUUCAAAAAUUCCAAGAAAAAAUGGCAUCUAUACUGUUUGGUUUGCAAGAAAAAAUAGAAAGUGAAGGAGAAGAUAUAAAAGCAGCAAUUUUACCGUUAUUAAAACUCAUAACCCUAACUUUAUUCGGUUUCAUUCUCAUCAAAUUUCAACUUAUCCCAAAACCAACUCUCAAAUUCCUUAGCAAGCUUGUGUUUGCUCUGUUCUUACCAUGUUUAAUGUUCACUCAUCUUGGUCCAGCCAUUUCUCUUCAGAACAUCAUUACAUGGUGGUUUAUUCCUGUAAAUUUAUUAAUCAGUACCGCUAUAGGUUGCGCUUUAGGCUACUUGGUGGCUUUAGUUUGCCGUCCGCCGCCGGAAUUCUUUCGGUUUACGAUCAUUAUGACCGGAUUUGGAAAUACAGGUAAUAUUCCUCUAGCAGUAGUUACAUCAAUUUGCCAUACUAAGGAUAAUCCGUUCGGAGCUGGAUGUAGAACGAAAGGUAUAGCUUACGUUGCGUUUGCUCAAUGGGUUGCUGUGAUUCUUGUUUAUACUCUUGUUUAUCAUAUGAUGGAGCCUCCCAUGGCGUAUUAUGAGAUCGUUGAAGACGACUCGGAAAGAUCAGAGAUUGAACAAGAAGAAGAAGAAGAAAUUUCGGUCGAAAAUCAAUCGUUACUCGCCGAAGCUGAGUUUACCGGAAUCGAAGAUCAAGAAACCGUACACUGCAAGACACCUUUUAUAGCAAGAGUUUUUAGCGGUAUUUCUCAUACAAAUGGUCACGAUCGUGAUAGUACGGAGUCGAUUUCUUGUCUGGUAGAGCCGAAAAUGGUAAAGAAAAUCAGAGUUGUAGCGGAACAAACACCGAUUCAUAACGUUCUUCAGCCUCCCACGGUGGCAUCUUUGCUAGCUAUUGUCAUCGGAGUUAUUCCAGCAGCAAAAGAAUUAGUGUACGGUAAUAAUGCUCCGUUCGAGUUCAUAAUAGAUAGUUUUAGUAUUCUAUCCGAAGCAAUGGUUCCGUCAGUGAUGUUAGUUCUCGGAGGAAUGUUAUCCGAAGGGCCGAAUAAUUCGAGUCUCGGUAUGCGAACUACGAUCGGUAUUAUUGUUGCGAGGCUAUUGGUGCUACCGAUAAUCGGAAUCGGGGUUAUUUAUUUGGCGGAUAAAUGGAAUUUGUUGAUUCCUGGUGAUUUGAUGUACAGAUUUGUGUUGUUGAUGCAAUAUACAACACCGAGUGCUAUUUUGCUGGGAGCUGUUGCAAGCUUGCGAGGCUAUGCAGUUAAAGAAGCUUCGGCUGUGUUAUUCUGGCAACAUGCUUGUGCUGUUGUUUCUCUUUCGGGUUUUAUUAUUCUUUACUUUCAUAUUCUUAUUUCUUAUAUCUGAAAUUAGUUUGAGUAUUUGUAAGAUAUGUAAAGGAGUAGAAAUUAUUUAGUUAGAAAUCAGUUGAGACUUUUGAUC